UGUUAGUAAGCUAGCGAGCCUAAGAGAGACACUUGGCGAGCUAUGUGCAUGCAUGCAAUGGCACUGUUGAAGAUUUUAGUGGAGAAGGAAUAGCUUUCAAGAAUUGAUACUGACAUGCACCUUUCUGUUCUUUGCUUUUAUUGAUUCUUGAAAUUUCAAUGGAUACAAAACCUUCUUUCCAUUUGAGGGACCCCCCUCAAUUAUGUUUUUCCAUUAAUAUUAAUCACACUUUGGAUGCCAAUCUGUGGCCAUAAAAAGCUUCCAAUUUGGACAAAGACAACUCUCUCUCUCUCUCUCUCUCUUUCAGAAGCGUGCAAUUAAGCUCCUUGCUUGCUCAUACAGACAACUUCAGCUUUCGAUGAGAACGAGGCAGUCCCUCUUCAAUAUCUGCUCUUUUGGUUUGUUUGGUCAGGUGGGUACUUGUUUUGUUCUGGUUUUCAGGUGCAGAAUCUGCAGGUUCUGUGGUUUAAUAUUUGAUGUUUCCGUUACGUCCACCACUUGAAUGAUCGAUGGCUCAGGAGGAUGAUCUAUAUCCAUCCAUGGAGAAGAGCACAACUGUAUGCAUUUUCUUUAAGGAUUUCAGACAUGUUCUUAAGCUAGAUGAAAUUGGGCGAGACAUUGCGCGGAUAGCGUUGCCUGCGGCGCUGGCUUUAACAGCUGACCCUAUUGCCUCUAUGAUGGACACAGCAUUUAUUGGCCAAAUAGGUCCAGUAGAACUGGCUGCUGUUGGAGUUUCUAUUGCUCUAUUCAAUCAAGUAUCAAGAAUUGCAAUAUUCCCACUUGUAAGUGUUACAACCUCCUUUGUCGCUGAAGAAGAUACUAUUGGAAAAUUGAGCCCUGAAGCACAAGAGAGUGAAUCCCUUGAAACAGGGUCACAUGUAAACAGUGAAAGUAAAGAGUUGAUACCACAAAACGACCCGGUUGAAGGUGCAUCCAAGUCAAAAUCUCUUAUUAGCAUCUUUGAAGUGUCUAAGAUUGAGAAUGAAAGAAGGCAUAUCCCAUCAGCCUCAUCUGCGUUAGUUAUAGGUGCUAUCCUUGGCUUUGUCCAAGCUAUUUUCCUCAUAUCUGGAGCAAAACCAUUGUUGAACUUCAUGGGAGUCAGUUCAGAUUCACCUAUGCUAAUCCCUGCACAGCAAUAUUUGACAUUGAGGUCACUUGGUGCCCCUGCAGUUCUUCUUUCCUUGGCCAUGCAAGGGGUUUUCCGUGGAUUUAAAGAUACAAAGACUCCUUUAUAUGCCACUGUGGCUGGAGAUAUUACAAACAUAAUUUUAGACCCCAUAUUCAUGUUUAUUUUCCGUCUGGGAGUUAGUGGUGCGGCCAUUGCCCAUGUUAUAUCCCAGUAUCUGAUUUCAAUUAUACUCUUGUGGAGAUUAAUGGAACAAGUUGAUCUCUUACCUCCUAGUUUCAGACAUCUACAAUUUGGUAAAUUUCUUAAAAAUGGUCUUCUAUUAUUAAUGAGGGUGAUAGCUGUAACGUUCUGUGUUACUCUUUCUGCGUCAUUAGCUGCACGACAAGGAGCAACAUCCAUGGCUGCAUUUCAGGUCUGCUUGCAGGUUUGGCUGACCACAUCUCUGCUCGCCGAUGGAUUGGCUGUUUCUGGUCAGGCAAUACUUGCGAGUGCCUUUGCCAAAAAGGACUAUGAGAAGGUGACAGCCACUGCAUCUCGAGUGUUGCAGUUGGGAUUGCUUCUGGGAUUGAUGCUCGCUGUUAUACUAGGAUUAGGAUUGAGUUUUGGGGCAAGGCUAUUCACAAGUGAUGUUGAUGUUCUCCACGUGAUCAGUAUAGGCAUCCCGUUUGUUGUAGGUACUCAACCCAUCAAUGCCUUAGCAUUUGUAUUUGAUGGUGUCAACUUUGGAGCUUCUGAUUUUGCAUACUCUGCAUACUCCAUGGUUCUGGUGGCCAUUAUUAGCAUCAUAUGCUUACUUUUCCUAUCCUCCAGCUACAAGUUCAUCGGCAUCUGGGUUGCUCUGACCAUAUAUAUGAGUCUCCGGGCAUCUGCAGGCUUUUGGAGGAUAGGAACUAGAACAGGACCCUGGAAGUUUCUCAGGAGCUGUUAACGGGUUGUUUAUGGUUUCAACCAUUGUUUUCUUUUUCAUAGAUAGCAUGGCUCUGGUUGCAUAAGCAUUUUUCCUUUUCUUUCUUUCUUCUUUUGUAUCCUUAUCCUUUAAGUGUAAAUGUCAUGAAAUAUUGCAUCCUUAUCUCCUAAAAAAAUGAAGUAUAGAAAAAGAGAUAAAACCCACGUUCUCAUUCUUAGAAAGUGAUGGACUAGUUGAUCAAUCUCAAUGAUUUCUUCACCAUUUUUCA